CAAUGGCAAUAAUUGUACCUACGCAUAUAUGUAUGUGGUUUCACGGCAAAUUUUUAAUAUUACAUUAGAAUCGUGUUCUUCUCAUAAAAUUAAAGUAUUACGUAUGAUUAUCGAUGAUCUGCACAAUUUUUGACAAUGCCUUCUUGAACAUCGUAGAAUAAUGUUUCUGGCCACCUUUGAACCUAGACAUUUAGUGCCUUGGAUUCCAACCUAAUUCCACGUAAACACAUUUAUGAAAGAUCCAAUAAUUUAAUUGAAGAGACACAGAAUCGUAAUAUUUCGCAAAAAUGUUUAAAAAGUUUAAGGAUAAGCUUGCGGAGGAAAUGAAACAAUCACCCGCCAGGCUGCAAGCGAGCAUGCAGCAAUUGGCUCAGGCUGUCGUAUCUCCUUCCCUAUCCAAUAGUUCAAUUCAAGAAUUGUCCAUUUCAAAUGACAAUUUCAGUUUGACUGAAGAAGGAGACGAAACUCCAAAGAAUAGUCCUGGCAAGCACGGCUUUCAAAAUGUGGAUUUAAUAUCACCUGCAUCAAAUUCUAUGGGUAUUUCAAGAAGAUCAUCAAUUAGCAGUGUUACUAGCGACUCAUCAUCCCUCUUUCCAAUUUAUGAAGGCUCUGCUAAUUUGUAUCACUUACAGUCUGAUAUAGAUCAAUCUGCUAGCGAAAUAGACGAGAAUAUAAGUCCACAAUUAGAUAAAGUUACAAAAGAUCAAAUAUAUUCGGCUUAUCGAAAAAUACAAACAAAGUAUCAUAAAUAUCGAGGGAGGUAUACUGAUUUAGCAACGCACUAUCGCGAAUUAGAAAGAGACAAAGAAAAAUUUAAAUCAGUUUUAGUUGAAUGCCAGGACAAGGCAUUAAGACGGAUAACUGAUUUGAAGGAACAAUGUCAGUUGGAACAGCAAGCGAAAGCUCACUUGGAGGAAGCAUUGAGAAAUGAUAUUGAAGAGAAAGAUCACAUAAUAAAUACAUUAAACACAAAGAUAAAACUUCUGCAGACCAGUGGACCAAAUAUAGAAGGUGCAGCUUCAGAUGUUAACGAACAGAAAGAAAAUUUAAAAGAUAAUCUGAUUGAUUUAAGCAUUGAAUCACCUAGUAAUUUGAAUGAAAACGCAUUGUCAGUGGAAAAUGCACAACUAAAAGAUAAGUUAAAGAAAUUAGAAAAUGUUGUUUUAAAGUAUAAAGAUUCUUUAAAACGGAAUAAAGAGAAGUUUACCGAAGUAUUGACAGAGAAAAAUACAUUGGAUUCUAAUUAUGAAAUACUGAAAAAUACUUAUGCAGAAAAGGAGAAGGAAUUAAGUAAUGUAUCCAUAGAGAUUAAAAAUCUAAGAGACCAAAUGAACAGUUUGAAGAAACGGGAAGAAGAAUCUGCAUUAUCGUUAGCUGAGAAUAAACUUUCCAUUCAUAGAGAAUUGGAGGAUAAAGAAGAACAAAUUAAACAACUCAGAUUGGAUUUGAAACACAUGACUGAAUCGAAGGACAGUCUAAGUGAAACUAUAAAUAAAUAUAAAACCGAGGUAGAGAAAUUAAAAUUACUACAUUCUUCUCAAAAUUUAGACCCAGAAAAGAAGGAAAUUGUAUCAGAUAUUACAAGAGGAAAAUCGGAAGCACUAAAACUUAUGCAGCAGGAAAUGCAGCAAAAGUUAAUUGAUCUAGAAGAAAAGAUGGGAUUAAAAUAUCAUGAAGAAGUAGAUCGUAAUAAGGAACUUCUAAAGAGAUUAGAAAAUAUGCCAGAAAGAACAUUGAAAGCAGAUGACAAUGAAGUACUUAAAGAUUUAAGGUCUAAAUUAGAUGGAAAAGAAGAUGAAUUACAGGAAAUAAAGCAGAAGCUAGAAGAGUUACAAAAACAGACCAGAGAAUAUAAAAAUGAGAAAGAUAAAUUAUUUACAGAACUUUCAAAUUGUAAAGUUCAUUAUAACGAAUUAAAAAAUGAACAAGAUGCACAGAAAAUUAUUGUAGAAGAAAAAAAGAAAGAGGCACAAACGACGAUUGAAAAAUUGCAAGCGACAAUUCAGAGUCUUGAUAAGGAGUUGGAAAAUAUGAGAGGUGCCUUAAACGACAGAGACAAAGUGUGUGAAAAUUAUAACAUUAAAAUUCAUGAGUAUGCAACAUUAUUGGAAAAGGCUAAAGAAAAAUUAUAUGCUCAAGAUCAAGAAAUAAAAGCUCUUAAAGAAAAAGUGCAGGAUAAUUCAGAGGUAAAUCGAUUAAAUGACGAGUUAGAAAAUAAAAACACUGAAUUACUUGGAGUAUACAGUGAACUUAAAUCUUGUAAAUCUAGUAUCUCUGAUCUUAGAACUAAACUUCAAGCACAUAGUUCAAAUACUGAAUUACUUCGUAAGGAAAAGAAUAUUUUGAUGAAGAACAUUUUAAACUAUAAAAAUGCUUUUCAAGCAUUAAAAGAAGACGGCAUGUAUAUAAAAAAUAAUGUAAGAGAACGUUUCUUUCACUUUAAUAAUGAAAUUGCUGUUCUGAAAAAUAUACUUACCACGUACCUAGAACAAAAUGGUAUUCGGAAUGAUGAAGCACGAUAUGUACAAAUUGAAAUCAAGGAAUUAGAAGAACUCAAACAAAAUCAUGAUACAUUGCAAACGGAAUUAAGGGACAUUUUAUGUCUUAAAUGUAAUUUGGAAGCAGAUUUGGAAAAAUAUAAGGAACAACUUAAGGAAAUGUCAUUAAAGCUUGAACAGCAGAAUGAACUCGACUUAAAAAAUUGUAAACUCAUAGCUGAAAUUGAUAACCUUAAUUUUAAAUUACACGAUUUACGAAACUUGUCUAAGGAAUUAAAGUCACUGAAAAUUGAAUAUAAAUCUUUAAAAGAAGAAUUCAAUAAUGUUAAGACCACAAAUCAAUUACUUUCUAAUGAAGUUGCAGAUUUAAAAAUACAACUUGAAGAAGCAAACAACACUGCAAGAGAAUUCGAAGAGUUGAAACAAUGUUAUAUGGAAGCAACAGAAACCAUUGCAACAUUGAAAUUGAAAAAUUCUAAAUGUAACGAGUUAAACAAAGAAACAAAAUCAUUACAGGCAAUAAUACAAUUUUUGAAAAAUACUUUAGCCGAAAAAGAUGAGGAAAUAAACACUUUUAGUGAAGCAUUAAGCACUAAAGUAACUUCUAUACAAAAUUUAAAAAUUGAGAGUGAACAUAAUAUAAAGUUAAUAGAAGAACAAAAGAAACAAAUUACUGAUCUUACAGAUUCAAAUAUAACAUUACAAAAUAUGGUACAAGGAAAAACAGCUCAACUAAAGAAGUUAAAAAUCAUUAAGAAGCAACAGGAUGAAACAGUACAGCAUUUAAAUGAUGAAAUUAACGAAUUGAGGACUAAAAAUACCGAAUUACUUGACCAGUUACGAACGUUAGAGAAAAUAAGGAAUGAAUUAAAAUCUGAAAACGGUCAAAUUAUAGAAUUGAAAAAUAAUAACUCAACAAUAGCCUUAGAAUUAGAACAGUUGAGAAUAAUUCAAAGUGAAGUUAACUUAGAAAAUAAAAACUUAAAAGAUAAACAAAAUGAAUUUCAAAAACAUAUUCAAGAAUUAAAUGAAUUUAAUGAGAAGAUGAAGAAAAAAAUUUCAGAUUAUAAAGAACACAAUCAACAAUUAGUGGAUGAAUGUGCACAAUUACAUAAAGAAAUUGAAUUGAAUAAAAAUAAUUUAAGUGGACAAAAUAAAGAGAUAGAAAACAUGAAAAUGCAAAUAACAGCAUUAAAUACAGAACUGCAGACUAAAAUUGAAGAACUAUCUUGGCACAAAAAAGAAAUUGAAGAAACCAAGGAACGUUUUACUGUGGAAAAUAAGAAAUUACAUAAUGAAAUAUCUAGGUUAAAUUUUACUUUAAGUGAUAACAAUAAUUUAGCAGAAAAAAAUAAAGAAUUGUUAAUAAGCCUAGAAUCGUUCAAUGAAAAGCUUGCACUACUAGCAUCUGUUGAAGAAGAAAAUGGUAAAUUAAAAUUCCAAUUAGAUUGUUUACGUGAGCAAAUAAGUAGUUUGGAAGAAGUUCAGUUAAAAAAUAACGAAUUAAUUAAUGAACGGUUGUGUUUAAAAGAUAAGAUAAUAGAAUUGGAAAAUGUAAACUCUGUGAAGAUGAAACUUCAAUCUUAUGUAAAUAAUUUAGAAUCUAAGAUUUCUAGUUUGCAGCAAAUAGAGUCUAGAAAUGUAGACUUGAGAAAUGAACUGGAUGGAUUAAAUGUUACGAAUUUGGAAUUGCUGUCUGAAAUAAAAAACUUGAAUGUAGAUAAAGAAAAAUAUAUAACAGAAGUAAAUGAAUUAAAGUUUAUAGUAGAUGAAAAAGUAGCAGAAUUGAAGUUGCUAGACAUUAAAAACACGGAUUUGUUAAGCGAAAUUGAAAGAUUAAAAUCUUCAACAACAGAAGAAGAAGUAGCAACAGAAUUGGAACUAUCAAAAAGUACGAUUGAACGUUUAAAACAAAAAAUUACGGAACUACAAGCAGAAAUAAAAAUUUGUAAAGAAUCAAAUUCUGCAUUAGAAAAAGAUGUACAAAAUGCUCAUAGUUUUAAGGUUGUGGAUGAAUCUAUUAUUGACAAAAGUAGCAAAUUACAAGAAGAAAAUAAGAAGUUAGAAGCACAGUUAGAUGAAGCACUAAUAACGUUCCAAGCAAAAGAAUCACAAAUGCAAGUUAUGAAUAAUGAACUAAAGAACGAAACAGAUAAACUGCGAGAAGAAUUGAAAACAAAUGAAGAAGAACAGACCAUGAGAUUAAAACAAUUAGUUAAAGAAUUUCAGGCUCAAUUACACGAUAAAGAAGAAGAGUUACACGCUGCAUUGGAAAAGCGAUUUGAUCGCCAACAAAAUUAUGAAUCAAAUUUAAUCCAACAAUAUAAAGAGCAAUUAAAAGAUUUUCAAGUGGAAUUAACUACGAAAUCUGAACAAAUUGAGGCCCUAAUUUUAGAAAAUAAAGAUCUGAUGUCCCAAAAAUCAAAGGACAUAAAUCAACUAAUGGAGAAGAUUACAUUAAUACAGAAAGAACACACUGAUGAAACUAGAGAAAUUGAAAAGAAAUGGAAGGCAAUUGUACAACAGAAAACUGAUAGGUUGGAAGCAAAACAUGAAGAAGAAAUUAAUGAAUUAACAAAAGAAUGGCGAAACGAGAGGAGGCCUGAUGCACAAACUGGUUUAGCUUCAAAGGAACUAGAGAGCACUUCACGAGUUGCAAUGGCAGCAGUACAAUCAAAUACUGGUUCCUUCCAUACUCUUCAACAAACAUUAACAACUCAAAGGCGAGAAUUAGCUGAACUUAGAAAAUUAGUAAAAUUAAGACAUGAUACGUUAGAAGAUUCAACAGAAAUCGAGUAUCUUAGAAAUAUUUUGUUCGAAUACAUGAUGGGAAGAGAAACAAUGGUACUUGCUAGAGUAAUUGCUGCAGUUGUUAAAUUUGAUCAAGAACAGACAGCGAAAAUACUUAAAAAAGAAGAAGAUAAGAUGACACUGCUUGGUUCUCUGGGUCUUACAUAG